GACGUUAUAUCGUAAAAACAAAGUACACUCAACACGUAGAAAAUUCUAUUCCAAAAUAAUUUCUGGUGUUGUAUAGAUCAUUGUUCAACUGUUUUUUUUAACAAUGUUACGUUUUACUUUCUUAAAUUAAGAUGACAGUUGAGUGACAUCUACGUUAUAUUUUGUCUUUGGCGUCAGUUCUAGCCUCACUGACACGACACAAGUUGUGGAGCAUUUGGUUUUAUAAAUUUUACAAGUAAUGCGGACUGAUUACAUAGGUAUAUUGAAAAACCAUACAUUAUUUUAUUACUAUUAACGUGUAAAAAUAGUAUGUGGUUAAAUGUGGUUCAUAAAGUCCAGUAAUUAAAUUGAAAUACAUCACAUUUGAAACAAUAUAACCAACAAACGCAUUGAAUUCAUUAUCAACAAAUAUUGUGAAAACGGUCCAAAAAUAUUUUUAAUAUAUCUAAGACAGUGAAAUAGUUUAUAGAAGUAUGGAUCAUGAAAAAUUUUAUGAUAAAAAACACGAUGGUUCAUACCUUGUACAUUUUCCAAACAAAGGAUUAACCACAGAUGAAGUUAAAAAUAUAUUUUCUUCUUAUGGUACAGUUGUGUCUGUAGACCAGCAUGGUGACACUUUUGGACUAUGUUUUGUACGAUAUAAAAAUUUACAAGACACUAUGCGUUGUCUUAACAGUCUUAAAAAUCAUCAAUUAAUUAAAAUUUUACCACACAAAAAGAAAAUUAAGAAUAAAUCUACUACUAAAAAUCAUAAACCUGUGCAAGAAAGAAGUGAAGACUCCUCUGCUUUUUCAUCUAUUAAUAAAUUUCUAAAACAGAACCAUUUAAAGAACAAAGACAUUAACAGAACAGAUAAUAAAGAUUAUCAUUAUAAUGUUUCACCUAGGUCAAGAAGAAAUAGUGAUGGCAAUAGUUCUACUAAGACAAUUUCAUCGUUGAGACAACUGCUAAAGUCAAAACAAUCGGAAAGAUCAACAUCAAGCACCCCAAUUUCUGUAGAAUGUCUUGAUAACAGCUCAAGUACAAUAGAAGAUUAUUUUAAUGAAAAUGAAAUUCCAUCUUUGAUUUGUAAUAAUCAAAGGUUUACAAACCAUAAAUAUGCUCAAAAGACUCCACACAUUAUUCCAGCUCAAGAAGUUAUUAUAGCUAAUGUUCAUCCUGAAUUGGGAUCACCUGAGAUAUUAUCCUUUUUUGAUGAAUAUAAGCCAAUAGCGACAUCUCAGAUAUUCCACAUACCUAACAUUGGACUAAGGUAUUGCCACAUAUAUUUUGAAUCAGCUGAACAAGCAGCUGUAGUUGAAAAAAAAUUUGAUAAAUAUUUGUGGAAUGGGAAGACCCUUAUUGUAUUAAGAUUACAUGUAUUAGCUGAACAAGCACUUUUAAUGUAAAUGAAUCUUCAUUAUGUGUAAUAUUUGUAAUGUUAAUUUAGAGCUUUUCAGUGUUAUAAGAAUUUGUAAAUAACGCACAUUCAAGAAUUGCAUUGUACACUUUCUUAAAGACUUUAUAAGACGUAACAAAAUAUAAAUGCAAGAAGUACAAUAAAUCCCUUUUUAAAAAUAAAUGUGUAUUUCCU